AUGUGCGCCGAAAACUGCGCUGGGUACACAUAUUUCGGCGUUGAGUACCAAUGGGAGUGUUAUUGCGGUAAUGAAUUCCAAGGCAGCUCGACCCAACGUCCCGCAUCCGAGUGCAACAUGCUCUGCGGAGGUGCCCAGUGUGACUUCUGUGGUGCAGGAGACCGUCUUUCUGUGUACGCCAUUGGCGAUGCACCUCCCACACCCUCCCUCGACCCAUCCACCACGGACGACGCACCCUCGCAGAGCCCUACCGCCCCUGUGCCCACCGAUCUUCCCGACGGCUGGGACUACUAUGGCUGCUGGGCCGAUAUGGUCAAUGGCCGCAUCCUCAACACACAAACCCCCGACGACCCCGAGCUCACUCUUGCUUCUUGCGUAGCUGAGUGUGAUCGCCGUGGAUACUCUAUCGCUGGUACCCAAUACUAUACACAGUGCUUCUGCGGCAACGCCAUUUACAACGGCGGCGAGCUUGCCGAUAGUGAGUCCGAGUGUAACACUGCCUGCGGAGGAAACAGUGACGAAUUCUGUGGAGGACCAAACAGGAUGAGCAUCUUCUCCCGUGGCGAACCCACGAUCUACCAGCCUCCCAGGGCAACGGAGAGGGUUGGUGACUGGGUCUAUGCUGGCUGCGUUACUGACAAUGCGGGUCUGGAUCGUACCUUCCCAUGGCAACUUAUCUUCGAUGGCACCUUGACACCCAAGAUCUGCACCGACGCCUGCGCCGAGUUCGGAUACGCUGCUGCCGGUCUCGAGUACGGCGUUGAAUGCUAUUGCGGUGACCCAGAAAAUAUUGAAGUCAACGGUGCCAGCAUUGUGGACGAUGAUGAGUGCGACAUAGCCUGCGCCGGUGACGGCGGCGCUAUGUGUGGCGGCGGUUCUCGCAUGACCACCUACUUCUGGGACGGCGAUGAGCCUCUGUACUCUUGGGAGUUUCCCGAAGACGGCACGCCCGAGGCAGGCAGCUACGAGUUCCUCAUUGGCGGCGUGGUUAUUCCCCUCAUGACCUCGCAAGCCGUCAACGGCAAGGUCACCUUCCUCGAGAAGUGGACGACUGGCCCUCCCAACUCGACGGGUGCCUACGAACUUGAUCUGAGUGCCAUUGACAACUUUGACCUUGCUUGGCGAACAAUGAACGUGAGGACCGAUCUCUUCUGUGCCGCCGGUGUCACGCUCCCGGACAAGGCUGGUCGGCAACUCACUGUCGGUGGCUGGUCAGGCGAGUCAACCUACGGUGUCCGUCUGUACACUCCCGAUGGCAGCGAUGGGGUUCAGGGCACCAACGACUGGGAGGAGGAUGUUGAUAUCCUGAGCCUUCAGGACGGUCGUUGGUACCCGUCCACACUCAACAUGGCCAAUGGUUCCAUUCUCGUGGUCGGUGGUGAGGAAGGUUCCAACGGUGCGCCUGUCCCUACUCUGGAGAUCCUUCCCUUCACAGGCGGUGCUCCGCUGUACAUGGAGUGGCUUGAGCGGACUGACCCCAACAACCUCUACCCCUACCUGGCCGUUCUGCCGUCCAAGGGUAUCUUUGUCUCCUACUGGAACGAAGCUCGUAUCCUGGAUGAGAACACCUUUGAGACCAUCAAGACUCUGCCCAACAUCCCCGGUGCGGUCAAUGAUCCCAUGGGUGGACGUACAUACCCUCUCGAAGGCACAUCUGUCCUGCUCCCUCAGAAGGCCCCUUACAGCGACCCUCUCGGUAUCCUCAUCUGUGGUGGCUCGACCGAGGGCGUGGCCAAUGCUCUGGACAACUGCGUCACCAUCUAUCCCGAUGCCGCCGAGCCAGAAUGGGUCCUGGAACGCAUGCCCUCGAAGCGUGUCAUGAGCUGCAUGGCACCUCUGCCUGAUGGUACCUACUUGAUCAUGAACGGUGCCAUGCACGGCGUGGCUGGUUUCGGACUUGCGACCAAGCCCAACCUCAACGCGAUCCUCUACGACCCCGAGAAGCCGACGGGCAGCCGCAUGACCGUCAUGGCCAAUACCACGGUGGCGCGCAUGUACCACUCCGAAGCCCUGACCCUCCUUGACGGACGUGUCCUUGUUUCCGGCUCGGAUCCUCAAGAUGGUGUCAACCCGCAAGAGUACCGCGUUGAAGUCUUCAACCCCCCUUACCUCUUGAGCGGCAAGCCUCGUCCCACGUUCACCAUGGAGAACACAGACUGGGACUUUGAGGGAACGUACUCGUUCACUCUUGGGUCGCCAGCCGUCAACGGUGCUAUCACCGCCUCCCUCCUUGGCUCCGUCUCUAGCACCCACGGUAACUCCAUGGGUGCUCGCACACUGCUUCCCGCUGUCUCGUGCAGCGGUACCGAUUGCACGGUCACUGCACCUCCUGGUCCCUACAUCUGCACGCCAGGGUGGUAUCAGUUCUUUGUUCUUGACGGCGGCGUUCCCGCUGUGGGUGUUUUCGUUCGCAUUGGUGGCGAUCCCGCCGAGCUGGGCAAUUGGCCUGAAGGCGAAGGCUUCACUCGCCCUGGCAUGUAG